GCUGGAAACCUGGGAAGGCAGCAACAAGUUAUCUGAAGACGGAAGGGAGAGCUGGGUCCGGUCAGUCUUAGGGUACCAGUGUGAAGCUGGAAUAGAGAACCCUUGAACCAGACCAUAUAGAGCACCCAUGCUGUGUAGAUUGUGGAGGCCAUCACGUCUGUCUGGACCCUGAGGGAAGAGGCGCAUCAGGGAGUUGGACUGGAUGUUCCCCAGGGCCUUUCCAGCCCUGCAUGCCUUUGACCUUUCAAGGUCUGUUCAGUUUUCCAAGGCCCCGUGGAUCUCCAAAGAAGCAGCUUCUCUGUGGCUGUUGGCAGGUGCUGCUUUGCAAGGUAACAGACACAGCAGCCCCAGGAACCUCAGCAGCUAUGGCCUCCUGCCCUGACUCGGAUAAUAGCUGGGUGCUAGCUGGUGCAGAGAGCCUGCCUGUGGAAAUCUUGGGCCCAGAACCCAGGUCCGACCUUAAAGCUGAGACAGCACCCCAGGUAUCUCAAAACUCCUCCAAGGAGGAUGGUGAAGAAUUAGCUGGGACCUUGGAUGGCGAAGAGAACUUUUUCCAGACGGAAAGUCCCCAGACUCAUCCCACUGGGCCUGAGGAGGCCGAGGCCAAGCUGUGCCCCUACCAGGCUGCUGUGGGAGGAGAUGGUCCUGAUGUGGAGCCCCCUGGGCCAGGAGACACAGCGGUUCAGGGAGACAUGCAGGAAACUUCCAUGGCAACAAGCCUGGGCCCAGACACACAAGACCUUGAGGACGUGCAGAGCCGGCCUUCCAAGCCCCAAGCAGCUUGGAUUAGAGAGGAAGGCCUCUGCUCCACCAGUGAGGAUGAUACUGACGUGGACACGGAGGGCCUGCGGAGACGACGGGGCCGCCAACCCAUCCUACCUCAGACUUUGGCAGCCUUGGGCAUGGAGGAACAGGCCAAGGGCGAGGUUGCCAAUGGGGAGCUGGGCAUCUCGCUCAACAUGUGUCUUCUGGGGGCCCUGGUUCUGCUGGGCCUGGGGAUUCUCCUCUUCUCUGGUGGCCUCUCAGAGUCGGAGACUGGGCCCAUGGAGGAAGCAGAGCUGCAGGUCUUCCCUGGUACUGGCUCAGACACUGAGCUGGUGGAUGCUGUGGGCAGUGGGCAGGAUGGACUCGUGGACCAGCUGCAGGCCUCAGUUUCUACUGACAGUGUCCCCAGCCUGCAUAACAUGGGUCUGCUGCUGGACAGGCUGGCCAAGGAGAACCAGGACAUCCGGCUGCUGCAGGCCCAGCUGCAGGCCCAGAAAGAAGAGCUUCAGAGCCUCAUGCAACAGCCCAAAGGGCUGGAGGAGGAGAAUGCCCGGCUCCGGAGUGCCCUGCAGCAGGGUGAGGCUUCCCAGCGGGCCCUGGAGUCAGAGUUGCAGCAGCUACGGACGCGACUCCAGGAGCUGAGGUCUGACUGCAUCCAGGGCCCAGAUGGGGUGUGCCUCAGCCAGCGCCACGGCGCACAGGGGGGCAAGCUCACCGCAGAGCAAGGCCCCCGGGGGCCAGAGCUGGCGUCCAACUUCCUAGAGGAGAAGGCGAAGCUGGAGGAAGAAGCCCAGGUGCUGAGGAAGGAGCUGCAGAGACAGCGACAGCUGCUGGGCUCUGUGCAGCAGGACCUGCAGAAGAGCUUGCGGAACGCUGGCCAAGGGGACUCAGCUCACGCUGGCCUGGCUGAGCUGGGCCACAGAUUGGCCCAGACACUGAAGGGCCUGGAGAACUGGGGCCCAGACCCUGGGGUCCCUGCCAAUGCUUCAGAGGCCUGGCAUCAGAAGCCCCGAUGGGCAAGAAAGAAGUGGCAUGAUGGGCAGAGGGACAGGAAAGCUGAGCACUGGAAGCAUAGGAGGGAGGAGUCUGGCUGGGAGAGGAAGAAGAGCUUUGAGGGUGAGGACAGGGAGCUGGCAGGGAGGUGGAAGGAGGACAGACUGAGGGGACAGCAGUGGGGGGGCCAGAAGGAUAGGAAACAACAGGACUCCAAAGAAGCUGCGUGGAAAAGUGGGAGUCCCCACUCUGGAGAAAGGCAGAGGCAUCCCCACGGGAGAGAAGGGGCUAAAGACAACCAGGACUCGCUGCACCCCUGGAAGGAGCUGUUGAGGCGCAAGUACAAGGCCCCCCAGGGCUGCUCAGGUGUGGCUGGGUGUGCCCGGCAGGAGGGCCUGACCUUCUUUGGCACAGAGCUGGCCCCAGUGCGGCAACAGGAGCUGGCCUCUCUGCUGAGGACAUACCUUGAGCAGCUUCCCUGGGCUGGGCAGCUGGCCAAGGAGCUACCCCUCUUGCCUGCUUACUUUGGUGAGGAUGGCAUCUUCCGGCAUGACCGCCUCCGCUUCCGGGACUUUGUGGAUGCCUUGGAGGACAGCCUGGAGGAGGUGGCAGUGAGGCAGACGGGCGAUGACGAUGAGGUGGACGACUUCGAGGACUUCAUCUUUAGCCACUUUUUUGGAGACAAAGCACUGAAGAGAAGGUCAGGGAAGAAAGACAAGCACUUUCGGAGCCCCGGAGUUAUGGGGCCCAGGGAGGAGCACAGCCACCACUCUCCGCACUACCACCGAGGCUGAGUCCUGUUUGUGUGGGCACAGUCUUGGCCCUGUGAUCCCGGCAGCAUCUCACUCUUGGCUGCAACAGACCAUUCAGUUGGCCUCUCCUGGCUUGGCUGGUGUCCUUGGGGUAUCCUUCACCGAGGAGAGCGGAGCACCCAGCCCUGCACUGAUACCACUUUCUCUAGAAAAGGCAUUAUCUGGACCUGCCUGCUGUCUAUGCAAAUGUGUGCAAAUGCCGAGGUCCCUGGGCACAGGCCCUGCACCCUGAUUGUGAGUGCAUUGCGUCCCCCUGCAUGAAGGGGGGAUGCAAAGGGGCCCUGUUUUUAGGGGGAGGGCAUUCUGGUUUUGAAACCAGAGAGCCUUCACUCUUCUGGGUGCCUUCUGCUCCGCACACUGACCCAGCGCCCCCUGGGACUGACUAGAGUUGAUGGCAGGAGGCCCAGCGCCAGGGCUUGCUGUGGGGUUUUGUUAGAUUUGGAAGCAGCUGUCCCUGGAGGGUGAAGUCCCUUUUCUCCCUGCUUCUCACGUGGCCAGCUUUGCCAUGUGAACUGCAGACUCGUGGCAGGGGUGUCUCCAACUUGGCACUCAGUCACUGUCCCGGCUUGUCCCCCCUGCCUUCCCUCUCACCAAGCCCAGGCACCAUGAGCUCACAGCUGCCCCUCCUGCACCCCUAGGAGAGGUGGAAGAAUGACUAGACGAGAGCAUUGGCUCUGGAGUGUGGGCCUUGGGCCCAGCUCUGGGCUAAACGAUCUUGGGCAAAUUAAUCUCUGUAACCCUUGGGUUUCUCAUCCUCUUAAAAGGGGAUCAAAAGGCUGAGAAAGAGAUUAAAUAAAGUGAUAUCCCCUGAUUUUGGCA